CAGUGUUGGAACUGAUACGAUGGGUACUUUUUGUUCCGCAAGAAUUGGAAGGUGUUUUAUAUCAUGGUUCCCAUAAACACAACAUUUUAAAUAGUAUUAUUUUGUGAAAUCAGCGUACACAGGACCUGGUUGAGAGAAUCCCGGAAAUUCAAUAUGAUCGGGGCUGGUCAUUUAUAGUGCCUUUAUCGCGUAAAGGUAAAAUAACUGGAUCUGUGCUUCACUGUCAAAGUUUGUGAGGCUCGUGCUAAUAGCGCCGCCAGGCCGGCAUGUGCUGUGAGGAUUUUUCUGAAAAUGUGGAUUGGACGUGAGCUACGUGCGCCUCCGAGGGUAGACGAGAUGACAUGGAGGGGCUGGAAAACGGAGCUUAUAAAUGCAAACGGGACCGAGAAUAUCCGUUCAGUGCCGAAUUGCUGUCCUGAGUCUCCUGCUGUGAGUAAAAUGGGUGUCAACGGGAACACGCUGGAGGAGCUGCGAGUCGGUCACGCUUCUGGGAUCACGGUCCUCAAGAAGGAGAGCAAAAGCGGUUUGCCCUUGUAUAAUGGUGAAGGAUUGGCUUCUGAAGGAAGUUUUCAUGAUGUCCCAGCACAUCAAACCGGAUCGAACGGACCGGUGGAGACCCCAAAGGUGAGUCUCGUAACUCAACCCAACUCUGCGGGACAUGCGGAUAGGAGUUUAUUGCCUGGGAAGAGACCCUGUGGAGAUGUGAGGUUAAGACCGGUCCAGCAUCAGAGGAGAAAAGAUGAGGAGAACAGAGAUUCGGGGUUAGGUAGCAGCCAUGGAACGGUGGAGGGAUGUAGUGGUACUUCAGACACGUCCCAUGGAGCGGGCACAUCUUCGCUGGAAUACAAAAGGAGGAGACUUGAAAUGGACCCCAAAACUGACACUAGCAAAAGCACACGGACUAUUGCACCCCUUGCGUCCAAUCACCAACACAAUAACUGCACUUCUAAUUGGGUUCAUCAUAAUGGGCACAAAGUUGCAGUGAACCACGCACCCCCAGGGCAGGAGAAGCAGGCUGAGGUGCAGUCCACGCCAGCCGUGCCCUCCAGUGCGGGUUUGUCUCCAGAACAGGUGGCUCAGCAGUACAUAGUGCCCUGUAUGAAGUUUUACGGCAUUUGCGUUAAAGACAGCUUUCUGGGCCCUCGCUUGGGGGAUAAAGUUCUGGAGGAGGUGGAGAUUCUAAAUCGCAGCGGGAAAUUUCGAGGUGGCCAUCUGGUGAGCCAAAAGAGCAUACCCUCUAUGAACAUCCGUGGAGACCAGAUAGCCUGGGUUGAAGGGAACGAACCGGGGUGCGAGAACAUCGGCUGCCUCAUGGCUCACAUCGAUGAGGCCAUAAUGCGCAGUGCUGCCAAUGGACAGCUGGGAAAUCGCGUCAUAAACGGCCGCACCAAGGCCAUGGUGGCGUGUUACCCCGGCAACGGAACAGGAUACGUGAGGCAUGUGGACAAUCCCAACGGCGACGGGCGAUGCAUAACCUGCAUCUACUACCUGAACAAGGACUGGGACGUUAAGGUUCAUGGAGGUUUAUUGCAGCUCUACCCCGAGGGGCGUAAUGUUGUGGCUAACAUCGAGCCUUUUUUUGACCGGCUGCUCAUUUUCUGGUCGGACCGGCGAAACCCACAUGAGGUCAAACCAGCUUUUGCCACACGCUACGCUAUCACCGUUUGGUACUUCGACUCAAAAGAACGAGCAGAAGCUAUAGAAAAAUACAGACUUGCUACAGGACAAAAAGGAGUGAAGGUGCCUGUCACACAGAGCAACAGGACUUGAAUAACAGCCAGCCAAACUCAGAAACUGUACUGUUCUUGUGUUCUCCAACACACGCCGCUGCAUGAUUGGCCGUUGCAAGAAGAUGCAAGAAGCCUGAGAACCAUAGCUGGCCUCAAAACAGCCAACCGGAGACUUGUGAUUUGAUGGAUCCUCUGAGUGUACACAAGAUUGUUUAUGAAUGAAGACCUCUAACUAAUCUCACUCCAGCCUGAGGUGGUCACGGCUCUAAACGGCUGAUGGGAAUUCCAGACUUUCAUCAUCCCGUGGAACGUCAGUUGAAGAAAAGUCGCAGUUUUAAAAUGGACCCUAGUUUUGAAUAAUUACAGUUUUUUUCCACGAUUAGUUCUAAUAAUUAAUCAAAUCUGUAAGCCCGCCCUUCUUUUCCCAACCGUGCAUCCCUGUGUGUGAAUGGGUUUCAUGAACCUUUCAGGUGGCCUUUGCACUUGCUCCGAUCGACAGGAAAUGAGGGUGUGAGACCAGCGGACGUGUCAUAUCCUGUUCAACUCCAUGAAUGUGUUGCUCGCUAAAAGUUCUGACUCUUAGCAAAGCUACAGCACUGAGAGAAAAUAACAUCGUACAGCAAUGCAUUGCCGUUGCUAUGAUUGACUGUUUUAGGCUUGAGCGUUAGGGAACGUUUAAGGGUGAAUUAACUAAAAAAUUCAAUGACGCGCUUGAAUAGUGUUGCAUUUGCUUUGUUUUAACAAUUAUGCAAAUGUGGUAAUGCCACAAGCCUGCCCACAAAAGUGUGGAAGCCAAUACGCACGCUACAGUUGGCUAGCCUUCAGUUCAGUCUUUUAUCCACCAUUCCAAUCCAUCAACGUCAGUUUAACGUCAAUAAGAUGUUGGACUCACUCCAACAUUCACAACGUUGGAGAUAUUACCGAUUGGUUGGAAAUGGAAAUCAAGUUGCAUUUAGCAGACAACUAAAUGACUUCAUGUCAAGUUGUCCAGUAUUCUGCGCCACGUGUUGCUAUUAGACAUUUUCCUGAUGUUGCCUUGACGUUGAAGUGAGGUUGCCUGAUCUCUCAACCUAUAUUUAACCAAAUAUCAACGUCUUAACGUAUAAAGUUGACCUGCUGGGCUAAAUUGCCUCUCCGAAAAUGUCUACACAGCCUGACUGAAUAUUUGCCAAGUUAUGCUUUUCUCCAUCAUUUAACGAACGAUCGCUCUAAUGAUCACUUGUUUUAAACAUGCAUGAAACGGGGAUAUCCCACGUUUGGUUAGUUUGUAAAUAAGACGGAAGGUUAUGUUUAAAAGAACGUACUGAAGUGGCCCAUCCUCAAUUCAUAACAUGGCAAAACAGGGUGUUUGUGACCUUUUCUAAUCUUUGUACGUAUGUGUAGUAGUGAAAGAUGACAUCUUUGCAUCUCUUCAUGGCUUGGCCUUGCCUGUGACAGUGUUUCGGUAUAUUAGAUCCCUCUCUCACACACAGUUUAAAUACUGCUGCGCGCUAGCUCGGCUAGCUAAUGUUUCAUUGUGUAUAGGGAUGCACUUAACUGAAUCACUUUGAAAACAAAGAGCUGACAAUCUCAUUCUCGCCUCAGUGAGGUCCUACACAGCAAAAUAAAACUACGAUGAGGCUCUCUACAAAUGAUGGCGACGUUUGGAAACGAUGGCACCCUCGCUUUACCAGGUGUCCACGUGCACUACAUUCGGCUGUGUUCGGAAUGGAAUACUAGCAUACUGCACAGUGCACGGUAGAUCCUGCAUAGUGGUUUUAUAGGAACACACGCAUGUGACAUGAUGAUAAGCAUUUUAAAUAGACUGACAUUAGUUCCAAUUCAUCACACUGGAAAUGGAAAGUCAAGCGCAAUGCAUUGUGGGAUACAAUAUUUCCCACAGUGUGCUCUUCUGUAUACUCCACAUUUUGGGAAAUGUAGUUGCAUCCAUAAAACGGCAUAUUAUGCACAAUGUACAUACUUUUUACAGCAAAUAUAGUAAAAAUAGUAUGGUAGUAUGCUUUUCCGAACACAGCCACAGUCUGAAAACUGGGAGCCUCAUAAUAGAAGAAAUAUGCAAAGAAACAGCACAGAUCAGGACACAACAUUUUUUUUAAACCAGGGAAGCAACUGGACCUUUUUUUCUCACAGCAUACUAUGUGAGAGUAUUGAGCUGACCUGUGUGAGAGUAUUGAGCUGACCUGUGCUGUGUUUGAGUGCCACUGGCAGCCAGAGGAAGUAAUGCACUUUAUUAUAUUGAAUGCGUGAAAUUUGAAUGAGCGAGUGAAUCUAGCUCAUGCUUAGUGCUGUUUAACAGCAUGAGACUUAAAUCAACUGAGAACAAAAAAGAUGUUUGCUUAACCUUUCUGAGUUUUACAGUAUUUAAUUAAAAUGUGUUGGAUUUUGUAAAGCUGACCUCUGUGUUCUUAUUCUCUUUCACUUAUUUAGACUUAAGUAUUUAUUGUCAUUCUCAGGAAAUUGUGUUAUUUGUGAAAGAAAAUGAUUUACAAAUGGGGGUCAUCUAUUAAACUAUUACCCAAACCUAAUUUUGGUUCUCAAAGCAAAAACAGUGAUUUGAUGUUCUGUUAAUGUUAGACCUAAAUCUGUUACAACCUUACAAACAUUUUGAUAAGUUAACUGAAUAAAAUCUGGUAGUAUCACAGUUUUCUUUCUUGUUAUAAAUAAUAUUAUUGUAAUAUUAUGCAAAGUACAUUUAACAUGUUUCAGCGUUCAAGUUCUAUUAAAAGUG